GCUCAGACAGAAAUGAGACUGUUACAGCCAGCUUCUGUGCUGUUCCUUCUUGCCUCUAACUUGUAAACAAGACCUAGGGGUACGUGCGAAUGGAAAGUCACAAACCUCUGGGUUUUUGAAAGGAUCCUUGGUACCUCAUGCAUAGCUGCGGAAACUGGAUGGAGAGAUCUGGGGAAGCAUGGACUCUUUAGCCGGCUUAGUUCUCUAUGGAGUCAGCUUGCUUCUUUCUGGAACAGUGGAAGGCGCCAUGGACCUGAUCUUGAUCAAUUCCCUACCUCUUGUAUCUGAUGCUGAAACAUCCCUCACCUGCAUUGCUUCAGGGUGGCACCCCCAUGAGCCCAUCACCAUAGGAAGGGACUUUGAAGCCUUAAUGAACCAGCACCAGGAUCCACUGGAAGUUACUCAAGAUGUGACCAGAGAAUGGGCUAAAAAAGUUGUUUGGAAGAGGGAAAAGGCUAGUAAGAUCAAUGGUGCUUAUUUCUGUGAAGGGCGAGUUCGAGGAGAGGCAAUAAGAAUACGGACCAUGAAGAUGCGCCAACAAGCUUCCUUCCUACCAGCUAGUUUAACUAUGACUGUGGACAGGGGAGAUAACGUGAACAUAUCUUUCAAAAAGGUGUUGAUUAAAGAAGAAGAUGCAGUGAUUUACAAAAAUGGUUCCUUCAUACAUUCAGUGCCCCGGCACGAAGUCCCCGAUAUUUUAGAAGUUCACCUGCCACAUGCUCAGCCCCAGGAUGCUGGAGUGUACUCGGCCAGGUACAUAGGAGGAAACCUCUUCACCUCGGCCUUCACCAGGCUGAUAGUCCGAAGAUGUGAAGCUCAGAAGUGGGGACCUGAAUGCAACCGUCCUUGCACUGUUUGUGUGAACAAUGGUGUCUGCCAUGAAGACACUGGAGAGUGCAUUUGCCCUCCGGGAUUUAUGGGGAGAACCUGUGAGAAGGCUUGCGAACUGCACACAUUUGGCAGAACUUGUAAAGAACAAUGUAGUGGACCAGAGGGAUGCAAGUCCUACGUGUUCUGUCUCCCAGACCCUUAUGGGUGUUCCUGUGCCACAGGCUGGAAGGGUCUGCAGUGCAAUGAAGAAUGCCAGCCUGGUUAUUAUGGGCCAGACUGUAGGCUUAGGUGCAGGUGCACCAAUGGGGAAUGGUGUGAUCGGUUCCAAGGAUGCCUCUGCUCUCCAGGACGGCAAGGGCUCCAGUGUGAGAAAGAAGGUAUGCCAAUGAUGACCCCAAGGAUAGAGGAUUUGCCAGAUCACAUAGAAGUAAACAGUGGUAAAUUUAGUCCCAUCUGCAAAUCCUCUGGCUGGCCGCUACCUGCUAAUGAAGAAAUGACCCUGGUGAAGCCGGAUGGGACAGUGCUCCGUCCAAAAGACUUUAACCGUACGGAUCAUCUCUCAGUGGCCACGUUCACCAUCCACCAGAUCCUGCCCCCUGACUCAGGAGUUUGGGUCUGCAGUGUGAACACAGUGGCUGGGAUGGUGGAAAAGCCUUUCAAUAUUUCUGUUAAAGUUCUUCCAAAGCCCCUGAAUGCCCCAAAUGUGAUCGACACUGGACAUAACUUUGCUGUCAUCAACAUCAGCUCUGAGCCUUACUUCGGGGAUGGACCAAUCAAGUCCAAGAAGCUUCUAUACAAACCUGUUAAUCAUUACGAGGCUUGGCGGCAUAUUCCAGUGACAAGUGAGAUUGUUACCCUCAAUGCUUUGGAACCUCGAACAGAAUACGAGCUCUGCGUGCAGCUGAUUCGGCGCGGGGAGGGCGGAGAAGGGCAUCCUGGACCCGUGAGACGGUUCACAACAGCUUCCAUAGGCCUCCCUCCUCCAAGAGGUCUCAGUCUCCUACCAAAGAGUCAGACCACGCUAAAUUUGACCUGGCAACCAAUAUUUCCAACCUCAGAAGAUGAUUUUUAUGUUGAAGUGGAGAGGAGAUCUGUGCAAGUGAAAAGUGACCAGCAAAAUAUUAAAGUGCCAGGCAACUUGACUUCAGUGCUACUUAACAAUUUACACCCUAGGGAGCAGUAUGUAGUCCGAGCCAGAGUCAACACCAAGGCCCAGGGGGAAUGGAGUGAAGAUCUGACUGCUUGGACCCUGAGUGACGUUCUCCCUCCUCAACCAGAAAACAUCAAGAUUUCCAAUAUCACAGACUCCUCGGCUACUGUCUCUUGGACAAUAUUGGAUGGCUAUUCUAUUUCUUCUAUUAUCAUCCGUUACAAGGUUCAGGGCAAGAAUGAAGACCAUCACAUUGACGUGAAGAUCAAGAAUGCCACCAUCACCCAGUACCAGCUCAAGGGCCUAGAACCUGAAACAGCUUACCAGGUGGACAUUUUUGCAGAGAACAACAUGGGGUCAAGCAACCCAACCUUUUCUCAUGAACUGCUGACCCUCUCAGAAUCUCAAGGUUGGUGGACAGUGGGAACGAACCUCGGAGGUGGGAAGAUGCUGCUUAUAGCCAUCCUUGGCUCCGCUGGAAUGACCUGCCUGACGGUGCUGUUGGCCUUUCUGAUUAUGUUGCAAUUGAAAAGGGCAAAUGUCCAAAGGAGAAUGGCCCAAGCCUUCCAGAACGUGAGGGAAGAACCAGCUGUGCAGUUCAACUCAGGAACUCUGGCCCUGAACAGGAAGGCCAAAAACAACCCGGAUCCUACAAUUUAUCCAGUCCUUGACUGGAAUGACAUCAAAUUUCAAGAUGUGAUUGGGGAGGGCAAUUUUGGCCAGGUUCUAAAGGCGCGCAUCAAGAAGGAUGGGCUACGGAUGGACGCUGCCAUCAAGAGGAUGAAAGAAUAUGCCUCCAAAGAUGAUCACAGGGACUUCGCAGGGGAACUUGAAGUUCUUUGCAAACUUGGACAUCAUCCAAACAUCAUCAAUCUCUUGGGAGCGUGUGAACAUCGAGGAUACUUGUACCUGGCCAUCGAGUAUGCCCCCCAUGGAAACCUCCUGGACUUCCUACGCAAGAGCCGCGUACUGGAGACUGAUCCGGCUUUCGCCAUCGCCAACAGCACCGCUUCCACGCUGUCCUCCCAGCAGCUUCUUCAUUUUGCAGCAGAUGUAGCCCGGGGUAUGGACUACCUGAGCCAAAAACAGUUUAUCCACAGGGAUCUGGCUGCCAGGAACAUUUUAGUUGGUGAAAACUAUGUAGCCAAAAUAGCUGAUUUUGGAUUGUCCCGAGGUCAGGAAGUGUAUGUGAAAAAGACGAUGGGAAGGCUCCCAGUACGCUGGAUGGCGAUCGAGUCACUGAAUUACAGCGUAUACACAACCAACAGUGAUGUAUGGUCCUACGGUGUGUUACUAUGGGAGAUUGUUAGCUUAGGUGGCACCCCCUACUGUGGGAUGACGUGUGCAGAGCUCUACGAGAAGCUGCCCCAGGGCUACAGACUGGAGAAGCCCCUAAACUGUGAUGACGAGGUGUAUGACCUAAUGAGACAAUGCUGGCGGGAGAAGCCUUAUGAGAGGCCAUCAUUUGCUCAGAUACUGGUGUCUUUAAACAGGAUGCUAGAAGAACGAAAGACCUAUGUGAACACCACGCUUUAUGAGAAGUUCACCUACGCAGGUAUCGACUGCUCUGCUGAGGAAGCGGCCUAGAAGACCCUCUUCAUCAGCAUACCAUCUGUUCCCUUCACCAACAUGAGAGACCCUUGAUACAUGCUGAGAAAGCAAGCAAGCCACUGCCUAGGAGAUGUGAUAUAGAAGAUAGAGGUGUAUAUAUAUUGCUGUAUGUCUGGGACCCUCACCACAAAACCCCCCGUGUGGAUCUGUAGUACACUCUGACUCUACUAGGACUGUAUAUACUGCUUGGAGUAAGAAUGUGCAGAAAUCAGAAUGCCUGUUUGCGGUUUCAUAUGCAAUAAUAUAUUUUUCUAAAAAUGUGGAUUCAUAAGGAAGGUAUGAGAGUACAAUUACUGUAAUGCAUAACUUGUUCUUGUCCUAGCUAUUUUUGAUAUUCACGUUUAUAUUGAAUGCUAUAAAAUGUUUUGCUAUGUAGAAGUAAAAUACUGUUAGUAAGCCUAACAGUGAUCUUGAUAGCACAGGUGAGAAAAGGGGUGGAAAUGUAUGAAUUCCAAUAGGCCAUAGGUUAACAUUUAAGAAACUGAAAAAUCUAGAUGAUAUACGAGAGAUUCCUCUAUCUCUAAAUUUUCUUACCUGUAGAAGCCAGCUCGAAUUUCUUUGGUUAUAUGACAACUUUGUCAUGUGUUUACAGAGCCCACAAGCCAGUCCAGAAUGCUAACAUCUAAAAACAGACUUAAAACUCAUUUCUGAGAAGCCUGAAAACCCUUAGAGAAGCAUAAAUAAGUUUAAUAGAUUGAUUAAUGGGAUUUAGUUGUAGUUUCUGUGGUAACAUUGAUUUAUGUACUUUAAGAAAUAAAAACAGGAAGCCUGGAGUUAUAUUUGGGAGACAUGUGACAUUUAUCAUACAAAAUUAAAAUCCCUGCAUGUAUUGCACAUUGUAAAAAGUUUUAGCCUUCAUCUGUUGUGAGUUUACCAAUUAUACUGUAGGGUCAUAUUGCACUGAGAUCAUAUAGUAAAUGAAUAAAU